UAUAGGAUUGAUGUCCUUGCACGCCACAUCCUCCAAGGACUUCCUAAUUGGCGCUGGAUAGAUAGUUUCCUGUUCUUGUUAGUUCAAUGCAGGGUUGAAAUGAUAGUUAUUGGUAGUCAACAUACUAAUUGUUGGAGUGUCAGUAGCCACUGCUCUAUAGAGUCAGAGGUUAAAGUGUAUAUCUGGCCAUCCUUUCUGGAGCGGAGUAUCAUGAAGACAUCUGAAUCACAUAUAAUGGAGUAUUCCUUAACUUUCUUAAAUAACCCCUUUCUGCGGCGGAUUCUUUGUUGA